CCUUGGUCGACCGUCGACCGCACCAUCUACGAUGGCCGAAGGUUUUCGAUAUUUCGGUUGUGCGGUUAUAUUUUAAUUUAUUGACAAAAAUGUAAUGCCUCUAUUUUUAAUUGGCCAUGUUACCUCCGCGCACGGCAUGAUAAUCACCUGACGUCCGCGUUUAUGUUGCUAACGUUUUCUAUAAAUAACCGCGCGUGCUUUUUUAUUCAAGAUCUCCACGCGAUCUGACAUCGAACGCGAAGAUGUCUUCUAAGAGUGAAUUAAAAAAGUUAUCGGAGGAAAGUCUGACAAGACAGCCGGAAGAAGUGUUUGAUAUUAUAUGCAAAUUAGGAGAAGGAUCUUAUGGAUCAGUUUAUAAAGCAUUGCAUAAGGAGAGUGGACAGGUGCUUGCAAUCAAGCAAGUACCUGUCGAUACCGAUUUGCAGGAGAUUAUUAAGGAAAUAUCAAUUAUGCAGCAAUGUGACUCUCCAUAUGUUGUUAAAUAUUAUGGAAGUUAUUUUAAGAAUACAGAUUUAUGGAUUGUGAUGGAAUAUUGUGGAGCCGGUUCUGUUAGUGAUAUCAUGAGGUUAAGAAAGAAAACCCUUCAGGAGGAUGAGAUUGCAACAAUCCUAAGCGACACUCUGAAAGGACUGGAAUAUCUUCACUUGAGAAGAAAAAUUCAUAGGGAUAUUAAGGCUGGAAAUAUCCUUCUUAAUAAUGAAGGCCAUGCAAAAUUAGCUGAUUUUGGUGUAGCAGGUCAAUUAACGGAUACUAUGGCUAAACGUAAUACAGUCAUUGGUACGCCAUUUUGGAUGGCACCAGAAGUAAUACAAGAAAUUGGUUACGAUUGUGUGGCUGAUAUAUGGUCUCUAGGAAUAACAGCCUUGGAGAUGGCCGAGGGCAAGCCGCCAUAUGGCGACAUACAUCCAAUGAGAGCGAUAUUUAUGAUUCCGACUAAGCCACCACCUAGUUUUAGAGAACCUGACCAAUGGAGUCCAGAAUUUAUCGAUUUUGUCAGUGGGUGCCUUGUAAAAAAUCCCGAAGAAAGAGCCACAGCGACUGAGCUUUUACAGCACGAAUUCAUACGUAAUGCUAAGCAACCAAGUAUUUUGAGUCAAAUGAUUGCUGAUGCCCAUGAAAUACGAGAGAAGCAAAGCGCACAUAGAGCUCAUGUCAUAAACAAUGUUGCAAUUAAAAGUCAGAAUCAGACGGAAGAUUCGGAUGAGGAUGACUGCAGUGGAACUAUGAAACCAUUACCAGAUGAUAGUAGGACUUUAGUGCCGAGUCAUGAUCUUCCAGACACGGGUACUUUAGUUUCGGCCAUGCCGGACUUGGGUACUAUGGUUAUCAAUAGCGACACAGAUACCGAAGCUACCAUGAAAAGACAUAAUACUGGUUCUGUGGAAUCUGGCAAGAAAUAUCGACCGUUAUUCUUAGAUCAUUUUGAUAAGAAAGAAGCACCUGAAAUUGGAAAAGGUAACGGACAAAUGUUGGGAGCACAAAAUUCGGAAAAUGCUAACAGAUUGGAGCUUCAAAGUCCAACUGAAUCUCAAAGAUUUCAAAGUCAUUUACAACUACAAUUACAGAAUCAGAUAUCUCAUCCUGUGCCAGAACAGCCUCAUAACAACAUAUCAAAAUUCCAAAACGUCUUCUCAGAACGUGAUUUCGAAUUUAGAAACAACCAUAUCCUGCAGCUGAAGUUUCUCUCCUACGAGGAACUGCAGCAACGAAUGGCUAGUCUGGAUGCAGAAAUGGAACGGGAGAUCGACGAAUUAAGGAAAAGGUAUCAAACAAAGAGACAGCCUAUUCUCGAUGCCAUGGACACUAAACGGAAACGUCAACAGAAUUUCUAACAGAGUUGGUUUUCUUCUCCACGCGAAUAAGUGAUGAUAAAGGGAUAGACAAAGGGUGUACAGUUGUAUAAAAUGGAUAGAUUUUAUUCGCGUCAUCCUUGGUUUCAUUAAAGAAAAGAGCAUUGUUCUCACACUCCGUGAAUAUUUACCUCAUAAAUGGACAGAAAACAUGUGAUCGUUGAAUGUUUCCUGUUUACUCACAAAUCACAAUGUUUCUUUUCUUUAUGAACCUGGGAUAUCAUAGCUAGUAAUAGCUAAUAGCCUCACGUCAUCAAUGUAAAUUAUUUUACAUAAUUUAGGUGAAGAAACAAUCAUUAUACUUAAUUUUUGUAUUAUGUUUAUAUCUAUACUGUUAAAUAUAUCUCCUAUUCUUAUAGAAAUAUUAGACUCUUAUAGGGUCGUUAGAAAAUAAAAAGAAUGCAAUAGGAUUACAAGAGAAAGGCAUCAGGAUUACAAUCGUUUUUAUCGAGAAAUUUUAUAUUAUAUAUGUGAAAAUCGUAUCGUCACAUGCUAGCUAGUCAUCUGCAAUGCCAUUUUACUCAGAAUAUUGCAUUAAAAAGAUUAUUUGUGUGAAAUGCAUUCACAAAAUGCACUGAAACGCCCAAGCAUUUGAAUGAUUUUAAAUGUGAAUGUUCUAUAUCUAAUCAUGACAAUUUGAAGUAAGUAAAGGCUGUAAAAUUUAAUUUACUUUUUAUUCUACUGCCAUAGUUAGUCUCUCUCUCUCUCUCUUCUUAUUUGUAUACUAACUCUAGUUUAUGUCAAUUUUCUAAAAAUGAUUAGAUUUAUUAGAUUUUUGAGUUGCAAGAAUCAUACAUGAUUACAUAAUUCUAAAAUAACAAAUAGUGUUCUUCGAUAUGCAGUACUGUGGUAAAAAUAAUGCUGCAUUAUAAUGAAAUAUUUCAUAAAGGAAUUUACUAGUAUUAGUCUUCCGUAUUAGAAAGUAUUCUUAAUAUGCUUUAAUUUACUUUAUUGCAAUAUGAAAAUUGUUGAAACUAAAAUUUAUCAAAUUCCACCCUAAUAAUGAUAUUUUAGAAUUGUAUAGUAUAACGCCUUACAGUAAUGAUUUUAUAUGUAAAACAUUAAAAUUAUUCACUGCAUAUUUUUUUAUUAUUAGCUGCAAAACGAAUAUAUUUGUGCCAUUAAUACGUACAUAUGGCAAGUAACUGUAAUGGAGUAAUUCCUUGCUGACGUUGGGCUAUUUUGCAAGUAGCGCGGAAAUAGAAUUAUAUUUAAACGCUAUAGCCAGAACUGAUCUUAAUUUUCUUUUUUAGAAAAUAAUAAGACAGAAUAACAACAUAUUUUUGAUAUAGAAAGUAUGCACAUUGUCAGCGAAAUAAGGUCCGAGUUUGAAGCAUAUAUUAUCUAUAAUCUUGAUCAUGUAAUACUAAUGAGGUUUUAAGCAAAAGAUAAUUAAAUCCUCAACUCCACAAACAACAUAUUCUAAAUCAUUUUAUAUGCAUGUAUUAUAUAUACAUUAAAA